AUGUCUACUAAAGUACCGCCACGAAAAGCUCAAGAGGAUGAUCAUCUUUCUCCUCGACAAAGAGGAGCUGCAACAGCUGAUUGUUUCAGUCCACCAAGACGUCAUGAUACUUCUUCUUGUCGAAAACGACAUCCAAGAGAUGAUAAUAGUUCAACUCCUCCAACACAUCGAGAUAAACCUUCACCUUCUCAUCGACGAAAUGAUCGACAAGAAUCAUUAUCAUCAUCUACACAUCGUAGUGAACCAGCUAAAUCAGAACGACGAUGCCUAGCUGAACAUCAAGAAAAAAUAGCUGAACGAUAUGCACAAUGGGGUUGUGGUUUAGCUCAAGUUCGACAAUCAGAAGAUGUUCUCAAAGAUUAUUUAGAACAAGCUGAAAAACCAUUGACACGUUAUCGAGAUGAUAAAGAUCUUGACUCUAUGCUUAAACAAAAAGAACGUCAAGAUGAUCCAAUGCUCAAGUAUCUUUCCAAUAAAACAUCUGAUGUUUCCGAUCGAUCAAAUAUUCGCAAUAAUUCUCCAGUUAAACCUCGUUAUAGAGGUCGUGAUCCUCAAACGAACAGAUUCCAUAUAUGGCCUGGAUAUCGAUGGGAUGGUCUUGAUCGAUCAAAUGGCUUUGAAAAGAAAUUAUUUGCAUCAAUUGCUAAUCAAUAUGUUCAAGCUCAACAACAACAACAAUCUCAAUCACGAAGACCAUCACCACCAUUUCAUUUAUUAAAUCAUUAUCCAUUUGAAUCACCAUCAACUAACACUACAAAUCUUUUGGAUUAUUGGAUGAUUUUGUUAACAGAUAUUUCAUUAGCUGAAACAGCUCUAAAUAAAGUAGCUUCAUUUUCUGGUGAUACACAUGGUGGUGAAAUUCUUCCACUUACUGAACAACAACUUAGUACAUUUCGUUUAGAUCGUCAACCAAUAUUAGCUGAUAUCUAUCGAAUUUAUACAAGUUCACCAAAAGAAUCACAUGCAGCAAUAACAACAGAAACACAUCUUCCUACAUCAAUUACAAAUCCACUGUCUGAACCAUCACCACAGUUUUAUUUUUACUUUAAUAUAAAAAAAUUGGGUAGUAGAGAUAAACUUCGAAAAGUAGCUGAUGAUAAUCGAGAAUCUCAAUAUGAUUAUGUAUUUGCUGUUUCAGUCGUUACAGAUAAUCAUAUGGCUGGUUCGGCAAUUAAUCAAUUUAUUCGAGUUGGUCAUCAAGAAUUACUUGAUGAAAUUAUUCGUUUCGAAAUGCUUUAG